AUGCAGAUUGGACUUUUUGGAAUGAUUUUAAUGAGUUGGUGUUUAAUAUUGGCAAUCAUAACAAAAGAUAGUUUGGAUUAUUGGAAGGUCGCCUACGUAACCUAUCCCACCGCAAUUUACAUGCUUCCCGGAUUCUAUCGGAUUUAUACCAGUACUGACACUACUUUUUAUGUGAGACCAAAUAAUGAAAAGGUUCCAGUUGAUUUGUGCGUAGUGCUAAUUGCAAUCGCUCAUCUUGUUAUAGCUGGAUGCAUUUUUAUGUCACAGGUUUAUUGGCUUGACUGUCUCAUAAUUCUCUUCGCAUCGUUUUUCUUCUCCAUUGAUCUCUACUGGAUUUCAACUAUGAACUCGUAUACUCUCCGAAGACAUUAUCAUUACAAAUGGCAGUUCGAACCAAAGGGAGAUAUCUAUUCAAAUGUCAUUAUCACUUCAAAACACUUUUGGGAAGAGGACGAGAUUAUCCAAUGGACUUUUGUUUGA